AUGGGGACCGAUCCCGCCCGCCGCCGCCGCCCCCGCCCCGACCUCGAGGAGGGCGAGUUCGUCGCGGACGACGACGACGGCGGCCGCCCGGAGAUCAAGGUGCGCCGCCUCCAGGACAUCCUCGACGGGGACGCCCUGCCGUCGCCCACGCCCGAGCGCGAGCGCGACUCGGACGGCACCGUCAGCGACAUGGACGCCGACGACGACGAGGGCCCCGCGCGGGAGCCGGGCUUUCCCUGCCCCAUCUGCCGGAGGGAGUUCGCGAGCGGCCGGGCGGUGCACGGCCACAUGCGCGUCCACCAUCCGCACGGCGGCGGCCGCCAGGGAAUCCUCGUCGGCGGUGGAUGGGCCGUCACCGGCAAGCGGGGCUACGUCGGCGGCAGGUCCGUCUCCGCUCCCCCCCAGGACGAGGAGGAGGAGGAAGGAGUGGGCGACUCCACGUCCAUGACUACCGCGGUCGCGGAGCCCGUGAUCGACGCCGCGCCCAUCGCGUUCGCGAGCAGGACCAGCAGCGCCGAUCCGAAUCCUCCAUCCACGGCCAUCGUUCUUGCAGCGGACAAUCGUCCCAACCAGGUCGCCGUGCGCCCAUCCUGUUCACCGCAAUGCGGCGCCGGGCACCAGCCCGCCGCGCCUCAGGCCGUCGUCGCCCAACCUCAGCCAGCCGUCGCCCAAGGCCACCUCGCAGCGGCGUCGCCUACUACGCAAUUCUUCGCCUCGCCCCCUCAGGCCGUCGCGCGUCACGUUCGGCGCGCGGCGCCGUCGCCGACGUCACGGGACGAGCAAGGCCGGUGGGUCUGCAAAGAGGAAGGGUGCUACCAGCGGUUCGACUCGCACCAGGGGCUCGGCGGCCACAUGGCCGCCCACAAGAUGAGGAAGAACAACGAGGCCGCGGCGGCGGCAGCGGCCGCGGGGCUGAACCCGUGCCUGGCGAGCGCCAGGCCGGCGAAGCUGCACCCGUGCAAGCACUGCCCCAAGGUGUUCAACUCGGGCGUGCAGCUCGGCGGGCACAUGAGGAUGCACUACGAGGGCAAGGUGAUCGCAAGGAGGCGCCGCGUCAGCGCUCCCCUGUCGGCGCGGGAGCUCGCGGCAGCGCUCUUCUCCGCCCAGGCGUCCCCCGAGACGUCGACCAGCGCGUCCCCGCCCGACGGGCUCGCGCUGUCCCUGUCCCCGCCCGCGGACGGGCCCGACGAGCUCGCGCUGUCCCUGUCCCUGUCCCCGCCCGGGGACGCGCCCGAUGAGCUCGCGCUGUCCCUGUCGCUGUCCCCGCCCGCGCCCGCCGCCACGGAAGUAGCGCGGCCUGGCAUCAUCUCGCCGGCAUUGUCGGGAGGAUCCGAGCCGGCGCCAGCGCCGGUCUCGCCGGGCGUCUUGAGGAUUUUCGGCGUCAACAUCGCGGUGGCGGCUCCCGCGGCGGCCGGGCAGGAAGCUUCCUCCGGCGUGAGCGAGACGGACCAGAGCUCGGCGGCGUCUACCAACAUCCAGGAGUAG